AUGGCACCCGGUGCGCUCAAGUCUCGCACGGUGGACUUGGAUUUCUAUCUGCAUCGAGUUUUCCGCAAGACUUCGUUCCGACCUCUUCAGCGAGAAGUGAUUACGGCUGCAGUCGAGGGACAUGAUAUAUUUCUACAGGCGUCCACAUCAUUCGGGAAGAGUUUGUGCUUUCAGUUGCCUGCUGUGGUCAGUCAUGGCGUGACGGUAGUUGUGUGUCCUUUACUGGCGUUGAUGGCAGAUCAAGUCAAUGCCCUCCAAGCUAUUGGUGUAGCAGUGGAGACAAUAAACUCGACAACACCAGUAUUCGAGCGACGUAGGAUCACCGAAGAUCUUCUCUCGGGGCAUCCCAGAGCCCGUCUGCUUUAUGUGACACCAGAAUUAUGCCAGACGCAGACGUUCCGGCGGACUUUGCAGACCGUCCAUGCCCAGGGACAACUUAUGCGGGUUGCCAUCGACGAAGCACACUGCAUUAGUGAAUGGGGACAUGACUUUCGCCCGGCCUAUAAGGAGCUUUCGUGGUUUAGGAAUACCUUGAAGAAUCCGGUUGUCUCCAUUACAGCGGUUACGGCGACGGCGACGCCACGAGUCCGUGCUGAUAUUAUCAGCUUGCUUGGACUGAACGCUGAGCAAAUGAAGAUAUUCAACACACCAUCCGCACGACCUAAUAUCCAUUACGAAGUCAGAUACCUCGAAGACUACGCCGGCGACCCGUUGGCAGCCGAGCCAUUUCAAGUAAACAACCUCAUUUCAUGGCUCAUUUCUAUCGACGCCCGCCGCAGGAAAAGACUAUGCCCAAAAACCACAGAUCUUCCUCCAAUCUCCGGAAUUGUGUAUGUUUGCUUCCGCAAAGCCGCGGAAGAAGUCGCCAAUGCCCUGGUCCACUCUAGCAACGGCCGCAUCAGCGCAAUAGCAUACCAUGCCGGCCUUACCGCCGAAGAACGAAUGAAUAUCCAGGCAAUGUGGACUUCUCCACGCCCCUUCUCAGCACCAGAACCACAGGAACCAGAUAAACCACCACCAAGCUUCUCCAUUAUCGUCGCGACGACGGCCUUUGGCAUGGGAAUUGAUAACCCCUGUGUCCGGUUCGUCGUGCACUGGACUCCGCCUAAGAGCUUCGAAAGUUUCGUACAGGAGUCCGGUCGUGCAGGGCGUGAUGGCCGCGCCGCAGCGUCGAUUGUCUACUACAACACGCAGGAACGAGAGAGAAUGUAUGACCGGCUCAAGCGAACGGCGCAGGAUGCCCCAAAUCGCGGGAUAAAGAAGGCCGCAUCACAGGCAAAUCUCCAAGCGCAACUAGAGAGUUUCUCGAAGGUAGUGCGGUAUUGCGAAACGACGCAUCGAUGCAGACAUGAGAUGAUCAUGGAGCUUUUUGGGGACUACGAGCUUGAGAGGCUACGUGCGAACCAGGGUAACUCUGGGUGUGGGACUGUGAAGUUGGAGAAGUCGUCUCCGUGCGACUAUGCUUGUGAUAUCUGCAAGGAAGGACCGAAGGCGGUUGCUGUGCGUAAGUCGAGGAUGGUCACGGAGAGUGCCCCAGAGGAUUUUGUUGAACCGGGGAUGGCGCAGAUUAUGCAGCUCAUGUUUCCAAGGGCUUUUCAUUAG